CGAGGAGGAGGAGGCAGGCGGCCAGGGCUUGGAUAUCCGAUUCAUUCUCCGAAGCCCGCGGGCUGUUAGGAGGAAACGCUGCGGCGGCGGGGAGAAGAGGAGGCGGUAGACGCUGCCGGAGAAGAUGUCGGGCCAAACGCUCACAGAUCGGAUCGCCGCGGCUCAGUACAGCGUGACAGGCUCUGCUGUAGCAAGAGCGGUCUGCAAAGCCACCACUCAUGAAGUGAUGGGCCCCAAGAAAAAGCACCUGGACUAUUUGAUCCAGGCUACCAACGAGACCAAUGUUAAUAUUCCUCAGAUGGCCGACACCCUCUUUGAGCGGGCAACAAACAGUAGCUGGGUGGUUGUAUUUAAAGCUUUAGUGACAACACAUCAUCUCAUGGUGCAUGGAAAUGAGAGAUUUAUUCAGUAUUUGGCCUCUAGAAAUACACUAUUCAAUCUCAGCAACUUUUUGGAUAAAAGUGGAUCCCAUGGUUAUGAUAUGUCUACCUUCAUAAGGCGCUAUAGUAGAUAUUUGAAUGAAAAGGCUUUCUCUUACAGACAGAUGGCAUUUGAUUUUGCCAGAGUGAAAAAAGGGGCUGAUGGUGUAAUGAGGACAAUGGCUCCUGAGAAGCUACUAAAGAGUAUGCCAAUACUGCAGGGACAAAUUGAUGCACUGCUUGAAUUUGAUGUGCAUCCAAAUGAACUAACAAAUGGUGUCAUAAAUGCUGCAUUUAUGCUUCUUUUCAAAGAUCUUAUCAAACUUUUUGCUUGCUACAAUGACGGAGUUAUUAACUUACUCG